UCCCUCCUCAUCUUCUCACAUUAACGCUAAUAUGUGGAAAAAAAAUAAAAAGCCCUUGAACACCAGUGAAGCACAAAGCUGAAACCUCUGUUUCCAUCAUUCUUUAUUGUCUAAAAACAGUGUGUUUGGAAGAAAGGAGAAAGACAAAAGAAUGAUGGAUGUUGCGGUUUCAUACAGGGGUGGAUUCAACAUCAACGGAAGCGGCUUGACCGGCACUCUCGCUGCCAAUCCUGGAGAGCUGAAGCUUCAAGCUUCCAUUACCGACGCCAACAUCUCUAAUGGCCUCUAUUUUGACUUCGGUGGCCUCUUACUCUCCAUUGAGAAGCCUGGUUCCUUCAUUGUCGACUAUGACGUCCCCAAAAAGGAUGUUCGGUUUCAGUUUAUGAAUUCAUUCAAGUUCAUGGAAAAGCAGAUAAAUUUCACUUAUACUCACACGAGACAAGAAAACAGGACGAUUUUGGAUGGGUCGUUGGUGCUUGAUACUGCUAACAAGUUGUCUGCAAAUUAUGCGCUUGAUACUCGCAAUUGCAAGUUGAAGUACAGUCAUGUUCAUAGGGGGUUGACAACGUUGGAGCCGACCUAUGAUUUUGCCAAGAAUUCGUGGGACUUGGCCGUGUCGCGGAGAGUUCUUGAUGGUGAUGUAAUCAGAGCUUCGUAUGAGACAUCUAGCCAGAUUUUGGGUCUUGAGUGGUCUUGGCAAUCCAUGAUGGAUAAAGGUGGAAGGUACAAGGUUUCAGCAGCAUUUGAUUUGUCACAGGGGUUUCAGUUUCACAUGCCCAAAUUAAGUGCUGAAAGUUCUUGGAACUUUGAGGCAUAGCUUUAUUUUGCUGGCAACCUAGACAUUUUAGUUUUUCAUGUAAAAAGAUUUUUCAUUUGUACUUAAAACAUAUAUGUGCGUGAGCUUUUGCUAUUGUAAGUGGUCAUGGUUUAUUAAAAAUGAUGUCUUUGGUGGAGUGC